GAUGAAAAUUCUAGUUUAUUUCAUUUUGUGUUUAAUUAAUAUUAUAACAGCUUAUGAACUACAUAAACUAUCUCCAUUUACUAUUUUAUGGAGAAUGGAUAACCCAAACCGGAUGAAGUUUGGAAGACGUUAUGAAAUAAAAAAUUUAGAAAAUGGAAUGAGCCAAUUAUCUCAUAUUGAAAAAAAUAUACCUCCUAACAUUAUUCCUUCUAAUUCAUUAAAUGAUGCUUAUGUCCGGCUUUGUAAUGAUUUUGAUAAUACCGACCUUAAAAAAGAAUUUCUUCAAAAUUUAAAUGAAAGUUUAAUAUUUCAAAAAGCUGGAGAAUUAUACGAGAAUAGAGAAAAUUAUUUUGUUGAGUUUAUAGAAGAUGAUGGCCAAAAAAGUUUCAUUGAUAAAGUUGGGGAACUCUUAUUUUCUGAGGAAGAACCGCAAUUCUAUUCCUUAUUUUGCCAAUUCACACAAGAGAAGGGAAACUGGCAUUCUUUUAUACGUGAACAGCCACAUAUGAAAAUUAUUUCGUUAAAGCUCAUAAACAACAAUGAUGAAAUAAAGGAUAUGCAAGUUAAAUUCAUAGAAAAUGGAAGAAUGAGGAAAAGACGGAUUUUAAUUGGAACUAGUUUGGAUUUUGAAAUUGUUGUCUUUUCAUUGUGUGCACUGUCAAUUAAAGACAAAGAGGAAUGGAAGCAUUGUUCAGCUCCCAUUGAUGGCGGAUAUCAUUUUGAUAUGGCACUUAGAAUGUCAGAGAAUUAUGGACAUUUAAAUAUAGCUUCGUUUACCAAAAUUUUAAAAAAGAAGAAGCGAAAGCACAAAUCUGAUCCAGAAUUUCAAAAAUUAGUUGAAGAACUAUGGGAAAAGGAUGUUGAUAGAGUUGACGAAUCUGCUAUUACACUAAAUUGGCAAGGAAAACUUGAGAAAAAACAAGUAAAGGACAUUUCGCCUGAUCCCUUAUUCUCUUCUGUUGAUGAAUCUAUAUUUCAAAAACCUAUAUACGCUGCUCUACUAGAGAUGUACAAAGAAAAUAAUUUUUAUCAACAAGUGUGUGAACAAGAACCUCCAAUGAACGAGGAAAGAAGAGAAAAAUUUGUAAAAAUUUGGGGAUUAAUUACGGAUAGUGAAGUAUUUAAAUUAGGUUAUGACUUUCUUCUAAAUCAUGGUAAAACUGACAAAAACUUUGAUGAGUUCCGUGAACAUAUGUUUGAUUUUUGGUUUGGUACUUAUUCCCGUUGUGAGCAGCAUGAGAAUUCUGAACCUUUAGGAAGCUCGGGUUUUGAACAUGUGUUCAGUGGUGAAUGGAAACAUGGAACCGGUGUUGAGGGACACCAUAAUUGGUUGCGUUAUUAUUUGGGAGAAAAAGCUGGAGAAAUUAAUUACUAUGGGUAUUUCGAGCAUCAAAACAAUAAUAUUUUGGGCACCUUCCAAUAUAAAUGGAAGGGAUUUUUAAAGCGUAUUGGUGGAUUCUUCUUUCGAACUUCACCUGCUUUUGACUUUACACUGUUUACUGUAUGUUCUCUCACUCAACCAGGCAACGAAGCCUGUCAUUUUGAAUUGUUGAACACAAAAAUGUUUGUUACUAGCUUCAAAAUGAAAUGCAACAAUGGAACGUGUUUGGCAACAUCUUACCCUGGAUUAUAUUGA